AUGGCUACAUCCACCUAUGCCCUGUCUGAGACCCACAAGGACAUGCUGCAGAAGUCCUUGUUGGAGACCGAUCCUGAGAUCGCUGAGAUCAUGAAACUGGAGAUCCAGCGCCAACGGGAAUCCAUCAUUCUCAUCGCCUCGGAAAAUGUUACCUCUCGCGCCGUCUUCGAUGCUCUGGGAUCGCCCAUGUCCAACAAAUACUCCGAGGGUUACCCAGGUGCUAGAUACUAUGGCGGAAACCAGCACAUCGAUGCCAUUGAGUUGACCUGCCAGGCUCGUGCCCUCAAGGCUUUCAACCUAGACCCCUCCAAAUGGGGUGUCAACGUCCAAUGCCUGAGUGGUAGCCCUGCCAACUUGCAAGUCUACCAGGCUAUCAUGAGACCUCAUGACAGACUCAUGGGUCUCGAUCUCCCCCAUGGUGGCCAUUUGAGCCACGGUUACCAGACCCCUCAACGAAAGAUUUCCGCCGUUUCCACCUACUUCGAGACUUUCCCAUAUAGAGUCAACCUCGAGACCGGAAUCAUUGACUACGAUCAAUUGGAGACGAAUGCAUUGAUGUACAGACCCAAGGUCUUGGUUGCUGGAACUUCUGCAUACUGCCGUCUCAUCGAUUAUGCACGCAUGCGCAAGAUUGCAGACCUUGUUGGCGCAUAUCUUGUGGUGGAUAUGGCCCAUAUCUCCGGCCUCAUUGCUGCUGGUGUUAUCCCAAGUCCUUUCGAGCAUGCUGAUAUCGUCACCACGACCACCCACAAGUCUCUCCGUGGCCCCCGUGGUGCCAUGAUCUUCUUCCGAAAGGGCGUCCGCAAGACCGAUGCUAAGACCGGCAAGGAGACUCUGUAUGAUCUCGAGGGUCCUAUUAACUUCUCCGUGUUCCCUGGACACCAAGGUGGACCCCACAACCACACCAUCACUGCUCUGGCUGUCGCUCUCAAGCAGGCGACAACCCCAGAAUUCAAGCAGUACCAGGAGCAAGUUGUGAAGAAUGCCAAGGCUUCGGAGACCGAGUUCAAGAAGCUUGGCUACAAGCUGGUUGCAGAUGGAACCGAUUCGCACAUGAUCCUCCUCGACCUCCGACCUCAAGCACUUGAUGGUGCUCGUGUCGAGGCGGUCCUAGAGCAGGUCAACAUUGCUUGCAACAAGAACUCCAUCCCAGGUGACAAGUCAGCUCUUACCCCAGGUGGUAUCCGCAUUGGCACACCAGCCAUGACCAGCCGUGGCUUCGGUGAGGAUGAUUUCAAGAGAGUGGCCAGCUAUAUCGAUCAGUCUAUUAAGAUCUGCAAGGAAGUCCAGGCCGCACUUCCAAAGAGCGAUAACAAGCUCAAGGACUUCAAGGCCAAGGUUGCCGGUGGCGAGGUUGAGAAGAUCAACAAUAUGAAGAAGGAGAUCGCGGCUUGGUGUUCCACCUUCCCUCUCCCAGUUGAAGGCUGGAGAGAGUAG